AUGCCGCACCCAAAAACUGGCGUCGCCGCAUCUCUGGAAGAUGUUGGAAUUGAGAUAGAUGCUGAGUUAGACAGUGAUGAUGACACCAGAAGGAGACCAAGAAGUGCUGGAAGACCCAGACCUCCAACUCGGCGAAACAAACCAACAGACAGCGAUGAUGAUGAGGAAGACGAUGCUCCUCGCCUAAGAAGAGGCAGAAGGAGGAGAGGUGAUAAUUCCGAGGACAAUGAGCGCGAGAGACCACGCGGCCGGAGGAAAGCAAACCACAGGAAGAAGGCCAAUGGCACGGCCCAGGACUCUGAUGUGGACAGUGAAGAGGACAAAGGGAACAAGAAGAAAGGAAAAGGAGCGACCAAAAAAGAAAAAGAUGAAGAGAACAAUAAAGAGAAAACUGGAAAAGGAGCAAGUAAAGAUGGGAAAGAAAAGGGGGCAGACAAAAAGAAAAAAGGAGAUGGUAGCAGCUCAUCAGCUGGCGAUUCUGAUGCUGAGUCCCUAUCAGAAAGCGAAAUGGCUCAGCUAAAAGAAGAAGUCGAAGAAAAGAAGAAAAUUAUUGCCACGCUCCGAAACAAACCGUGGCGGAUGAAAAAACGACUUGGGAUUUUGAAGGAAGCACAAGAAUUCGUAGAGAAGUUCGAAGGUGCAUUGGGCAAAGGAAAAGGACGGAAGCUCUAUGCCUUCAAAGUUAUGAUGAAAAAGAAAUUGAUCAAGUUCAAUCGGGACUUUGAUAACUUUAAGACAGCAUGCAUUCCGUGGGAAAGGAAAAUCAAAGAAGUAGAAAGUCACUUUGGGUCAUCUGUAGCCUCCUACUUCAUCUUCCUCAGGUGGAUGUAUGGCCUCAACCUUGUUCUCUUUGGCCUCAUGUUUGGGCUUGUUGUUAUUCCUGAGGUCCUGAUGGGUUUACCAUAUGGCUCCAUCGCCAGGAAAACUGUCCCUAGAGAAGAGCAGGAUACCGCCAUGGACUUCUCAGUCCUUUUUGAAUUUGGGGGUUACUGCAAGUACUCUGUCCUCUUUUAUGGCUACUAUAAUAACCAGAACACUAUAGGACUACUCAAGUUUCGUCUCCCCUUAUCCUAUUUCCUAGUCGGAAUAGGAAUAUUUGGCUACAGCCUGAUGGUGGUGAUCAGGACGAUGGCAAGAAAUGCCAACGAAGGAGGUGACGGGGGAGAGGAGAGUGACUUUGUGUUUUGCUGGAAACUCUUCACUAGUUGGGAUUACCUCAUUGGAAACCCAGAGACAGCCGACAACAAGUAUGCUUCCAUCACAACUAGCUUCAAGGAAUCUAUAGUGGAUGAGCAGGAGAAUUUGAAGGAUGAAAACAUUCAUUUGAGGAGAUUUCUGCGCGUCCUCGCUAAUGUGUUGAUCCUGUGCAGCCUGGGAGGGAGCGGAUAUCUAAUCUACUUUGUGGUGAAAAGAUCGCAAGACUUUGCUAAACUGGAUAACAAAGAGUUAUCCUGGUAUCAGAAAAACGAGGUGGAGAUUGUAAUGUCUCUGUUGGGUUUGGUGUGUCCACCUUUGUUUGAGACCAUUGCCGAGCUGGAAGAUUAUCAUCCUCGGAUUGCCCUGAAGUGGCAGCUGGGCCGCAUCUUUGCCCUCUUCCUGGGAAACCUCUACACCUUCCUGUUUGCCCUUAUUGAUGAUGUCAAUGAGAAGCUGGAUAAGGAGAAACUGAUCAAGAAUGAAACUGACUGGGCUCUAAACCAGUACUAUGCUAACUACACUCUGUAUCACAACGUGACCGAGAACAUUCCACCACCUGUAAUCUCGCCUGCUGAUGUUAUCAGGGGUCCAUGCUGGGAAACUGAAGUGGGAAUUGAGUUUGUGAAGCUGACGGUGUCAGACAUUCAAGUGACCUAUCUGACGAUCCUGGUUGGAGACUUCAUGAGAGCAUUAAUUGUGCGUUUUCUGAACUACUGUUGGUGCUGGGACCUCGAGGCUGGCUUUCCUUCGUACGGAGAGUUCGAUAUCAGUGGAAAUGUACUCGGGCUCAUUUUCAACCAGGGAAUGAUCUGGAUGGGUGCAUUUUAUGCUCCAGGGUUGGUGGGUAUAAACAUUCUGCGCCUCGUGACCUCCAUGUAUUUCCAGUGCUGGGCUGUAAUGAGCAGUAACGUUCCUCAUGAGAGAGUGUUUAAAGCUUCACGCUCCAACAACUUCUACAUGGGCAUCCUGCUGGUCGUGCUCUUCCUCAGCCUCAUGCCUGUGGUCUACACCAUGAUGACCAUGUCUCCAUCAUUUGACUGUGGUCCCUUUAGUGGGAGAGAGAAGAUGUACGAUGUGGUAAUCGAGACGAUCCAGAACCUUCCAGCAUUUAUGGCCAACAUCUUUAUUUACGCAUCCAACCCAGGACUCAUUAUAUCAGUCGUCCUUCUUAUGGUGCUAGCUAUCUACUACCUGAAUACAGUCUCAAAGGCCUACCAGAAAGCUAACAUGGAUUUGAAAAGGAAAAUACAAAUGCAAAGAGAUGAGGAGAAGAACCGGAGGAACAAUAAAGACAGCACUAAUCAGGUGAUGAAGGACUUAGAGGAUCUUUUGCCCAACAAAUCCUUGAUUCCACCACCAUCAGCUAAAGAGGGAGCAGGGAAUCCUGCACAUCAGCCCCCUGCUGGUAAGUCUCCAAAAAUCACAGAUAAAGUUGGAACAGCAACCAAUGGUAAAGGAGUAAAAAUGCAGAAGGAUGUUUCUUUGGCUGCCGCGAAUCCCCGAGCGCCAGUGACCCGCUCACCAGCCCCUGGUGGUCGUGGAAGAGGACCUCCACCGGUGUGA